UUCAAAGGUUGUGUUGCACGCUUGAGAGUUUAAAUUUAUUAAAAGAUGAUCGGCAUGUAGGCAUUCAAGAGGCCGUGGCUAUUUUCUUAUAUAUAGUAUCUCAUAGUGAGCGCAUGAGAAUGGCUGCUGAGCGCUUUCAACGGUCAAAAGAUACUAUUCAUCGACAAUUUAAGCGUGUAUUAGCAGCCUUGUGUAAGUUAUCACCACAGAUCAUACGUCCUCAAAGUCAAGGAGAAACACCUCCAGAAAUUUUGAACAAUCCAAAGUUUUAUCCAUAUUUCGAGAAAUGUAUUGGGGCAAUUGAUGGAACACAUGUCGCUGCAUGGGCCCCGGCUCAGAAACAAACUUCGUAUCGUGGUAGGAAGGUCCUUGUUACCCAAAAUGUCAUGUGUGCAUGCUCCUUUGACAUGAUGUUCACCUUUGUUUACACUGGAUGGGAAGGGACUGCGAAUGAUUCUAGGGUCUUUGCAGAUGCAGUGACCAGGCCAGAGAAUAAAUUUCCAUUUCCAAAUGAAGGAUAUUAUUAUGUGGUGGAUGCUGGAUAUACAAACAUGCCAGGAUUCUUAGCUCCUUAUCGAGGUGAGAGGUAUCAUUUGCGUGAUUACAGAGGACCUCGUCAUACACCAAGAGGCCCUAGGGAGUUGUUCAAUUACAGACAUUCUUCAUUGCGAAAUGUGAUUGAGCGAUGUUUUGGUGUACUGAAAGCACGUUUUCCAAUUUUAAAAUAUAUGCCUAAUUAUCCUCCAAGAAGACAACGACGUAUCCCUAUUGCAUGUUGUGUUUUACACAAUUUUAUUCGGAAGGAAGCUCGUCGCGACAGAUUGUUUGAAGCUUUUGAUGUAGAAGAUAUGAUUUUUGAGGAGGAAAACAGUACACCAGCGAACUUAGAUAUGUCACAAGAGAACCUUGCACAAAUGGCUAAUGUUAGAAAUGAAAUUGCAGAAGACUUGUGGCAAGAUUUUAUUCCUCACCCUUAGAAGUUCGGUGAUAGUAGAUUUUUAAUUCAAUUUUUGUUGGGAUGAUAUGAUGAUAUGACAACUUUGUUUUGAAGAUUUUGAGGAAAUAAUUUUAAAUUUA